UCCGUGGAAGACCCACACAGUCUCACACACACUUCUGCUGCAAUUUUUCAUCAAAAACCCCCAGAAAAAGAAGUAGAAUUGGAGAAUACUUCUAAGCUUUGCAAGAGAGAAUUGCAAUGAAUAAAGGAGCUUUGGCCCCUAAGCUCAAACUCUCUCUCCCUCCUCCUGAUGAAGUUGCUCUAUCCAAAUUCCUGACACAAUCAGGAACAUUCAAGGAUGGAGAUCUGCUGGUGAACAAAGAUGGAAUUCGGAUUAUUUCAGAUAAACAUGUUGAAACUUCUACAGUUAUAAAGCCAACCGAUAAUCAGUUAAGCCUAGCAGACUUUGAAUAUGUUAAAGUUAUUGGAAAGGGAAAUGGCGGUGUUGUGCGGCUUGUUCAACAUAAGUGGACAGCCCAAUUUUUCGCUCUCAAGGUUAUUCAAAUGAAUAUUGAAGAGUCUAUUCGCAGGCAUAUAGCACAGGAACUGAGAAUUAACCAAUCAUCGCAAUGCCCUUAUGUUGUAAUAUGUUACGAAGCGUUUUUUGAUAACGGUGCCAUCUCCAUAAUCUUGGAGUACAUGGAUGGCGGGUCUCUUCAGGAUUUCUUGAAAAUAGUCAAAAGAAUUCCGGAACCAUAUCUUGCUGCUAUCUGCAAGCAGGUACUCAAGGGCUUGUGGUAUCUCCAUCAUGAAAAACAUAUCAUUCACAGAGACUUGAAGCCUUCGAAUUUGCUAAUAAAUCAUAGAGGUGAUGUCAAGAUAACUGAUUUCGGUGUUAGUGUAGUACUAGCAAGCACAUCUGGAGCUGCCAAUACCUUUGUUGGCACCUACAAUUAUAUGUCUCCAGAGAGAAUCGAAGGAGGCAGCCACGGGUAUAGAAGUGAUAUCUGGAGCUUGGGUUUAGUUCUGCUCGAGUGUGCAACGGGUGAUUUCCCAUAUACCCCACCACGACCGGAGGAAGGAUGGGAUAAUGUUUACGAGCUUAUGGAAACCAUAGUUGAUCAACCAGAGCCUUGCGCACCUCCAGAUCAAUUCUCUCCGGAGUUCUGUUCUUUCAUCUCUAAAUGUGUGCAGAAGGACCCAAAAAAGAGACUGUCAGCAAAUGAAUUAAUGAGGCACCCAUUCAUCAGUAUGUACGAUCACCUGGAUAUUGAUCUUGCAUCUUACUUUACCGCUGUAAGGCCUCCACCUGCAACAUUUUGAGUUAUACUUAUACCCGGUUCUAUUCAACCUUUAACGUGAAUCUCCAUGUUCUCCUAAGCAAUGCUCUUCUCCUACUGCAACUAGAGCCUUGCGUACUAGUAGUUUGAAACAGGCUGUUUCAGAAGCCUUGUGUGGAUCUAACAGUGAUCAAGAUCACCGUGCAUUUCAGUCCUCAAUCACCGACUCACCUACCAUGGGAGACAUAAGAACAUACUUCUGUUAAGAUAUGUGCAUUCCAUGAUUGAAAAAUGUAGACUGCAAAAUUGAAAUAAAAAUUCUUAGUUCCAACAGUCCAAAUGCAAGCUAAUAAGAAUUCUUAAAGGCAUGGGAAAUGUGAUAGUUUCAUGAACAUGCAGCUUUCAUUUACACCAUGGUCACUAUGCUGUUUUCUGUAUCAUAUGAUUGGUAAAUAAGAGAGCAAUAGAUGCAGAGUAAUUUUU